UCUACCACUAAAAUACUUUUUCUUGAAAUAAAACAAUGUUUUCAGCAUACUAAUGAGACCACCCAUCUGUGCAUUCCAACCUUAAGCUUUGAUGUCUUGCAGGAAACAUUUAAAAUCCAAACCCAACAAGCUUUUUUGGAUGUUUAUCUUGCUGAUGGAAGAUAUCUCAGGAUAGAUAUUCAAACAUCAGAUACUGCUGAAAGAGUGCUAGAGGUUAUAUCAUACAAGAUUGAACUUUCUAAAGAACUAAUAGGAUACUUCAGCUUAUUUCUUAUUCAAGAUCACAACAAUGGACAAAUGUCUGUGUUGAAAAAACUAGCAGAAUUUGAACUUCCUUACGUGAGUCUCCGGAGUGUGAAAGAGUCGGCUUGUAAGAUUGGGAUCAGAAAGUGGUAUAUGGAUCCUUCUCUUGAUAAAAUGUUGAUGGGCUGUAGAACUUCAGUAAACUUACUUUACAUGCAGGUUGUACAGGAACUAGAGAUCAACUGGGUCAAGCCUACUGAAGGGCAGAGGCAGAAGCUUCAAAUGCUGCAAAAAGCUCCAGAUAAAUUAAAGUUUUUAGAGCUGGCUCAAGAGAUCCAGCAUUACGGAUAUAUACAGCUUGCUCCUUGCUCCUGUGACUACCCUGAAGUUGGUUGUACUGCUGUUAUUCAUGUGGGAAAUAAUGAGAUUAGCUGCUGCAUAAAGUUGCCUAGUAAUCAGAUGAAAGAGAUCAGUUUCAAGAUCAACAGGAUAAGAUGCUGGCAGGUCACAUUUCUUGGAUCAGUUUUAGGUCACGGACUUGAUCAAUUCUUGGAACUCAGAAUUGAAUACAAUGAUUCCGAUAAGUGGAGAUGGAUUGUCUUCAAUACAAAGCAGGCAUUUCUCCUAAGCAGUUGCUUAAAAAAGAUAAUAUCAGAACAGCUGAUGACAGCAACCAAGGAUGAUCAAGAGAUGCAGAUUGAGCAUCCAGAAUCAGACAGAGCUAAGAAAGUAAGCAUCCGUCCAAGUCAGAUUUUUCAUUCUGGUUUUAAGCCAAGAAAAUGGCUGUACACUAGUAAAUCAAAUGAGGAUGACUGUGUAUUUGAAAAGAUAAGCGAAGAAGAUCUGUGACUGGCACUUCAGCUGGUAUCUUGAGUUUUAAAAUAAGAAAUAUGAAUAGUGACCAUACUUUGUCCUCUGACAGCUGCCUCUGUUUUUUAAGUCACUGAUAUAAUUCGUUCUUGCUGUUUUUAAAACAUCACUCAGCCAGGAUCCUUACUAGCAACUUACAUCAUCUACAGUCCCAGCCAUCACUAUGUCAAAAUCACAACUGAGGACAGAUUUUAUAUCGUUUGAAUAACAGUCGAGUGAUACUAGAAGAUGCAAUGGGACACGAGUGCUGGGGAUCCUGCUGUAGACAAUUUGCUACAGCUAGGAGAUUUGUAAAUAUUUUACUCAUAUAUUUGGUUUUGUAUUUUUUAAAAAAGACCUUAAAAUGAGAAAUAGACAUAUUACUUCUUAGAUAAAAUUAGCACCUUUUGUUCCCUGAAACUGUCAGAGAAAAUGUGCUUAAUGUUUGGCCAUCUAAAUCCUCAUUACUGUUCUGUCAGUGUACAAACUUUCCUAGAUGCUUUAGUCAGACAAUGCACUGAAUGGUAGCAAGAACUUCCUAUGUAGAAAGUAUGAUGUCUCAAAAUCUCCUAUGGAAUCCACUUCAUACAGGCUGAAAAUGUGCUUGUAGGACCUUUUUCUCAGCCCUGUAACUCCCUGUAGGAAUUCUUCAUUGAAAAAUCUGUGUGUAGUAUGUGUCUGAAUAGUCCUCCCCCUUUUUUAUGUUUGCACUGAUAAUGGAAAUAAACUGCCCUUGGGACUACUGGAAUUAUUCCAAUGCGUUACAAUAUUGUCAAAUCUAGCAUUUUUUUGUAUAAGAGUUUUUAAAUAGUAAUGUAAUAUGGGAGGUAUAUUGUGAUAAAUAUUCUG